AUGGAAACGUCAAUGUUCAAGGCCAUCGUGCAAGUCGAAUCCGACAGCCGCGAAGAUAACCAUCCCACAUUGCCCACCGCACCAGCCAAAGCCGUCCCUCGGACAUAUCCCAAUGCUCAUCACCGCGAGAAUGGCUCAAUCGAACUUCAACGUAUCGACACAAACAAUGCCAACGUCAAGAGCAGUGGCAGCGGCAACAAGAGCCCAGGAGGCAGCGCUGCACCCUCCCGCGCCCAAUCGCCCACUCGUUCGCCUACUGCCUCCGAGAGUGACGUCGAGAUGAGCCGCCCACCAAGUCCCCCAGCAGUUGAGGCUUUUCAAAGCAUCACGAACCCGUAUAUGAACCGCUUCCGCCUAGCCGCUGCCUGUCUAAUCAACUUCGGCAAUGGCCUCAACGACAGCGCACCAGGUGCCAUCAUCCCGUACAUGGAGAAAUACUACGAUAUCGGCUACGCGAUAGUCUCUACAAUCUUCGUAGGCAAUGCAUUCGGCUUCAUCAUUGGGGCCACCUUUCUCGAGUCCCUCCGCGCCAAACUCGGCCGCGCCCGUCUCCUCGCCCUAGCCCAGUCUGUGAUCGCUCUGGCGUACGUCCCCAUCCUCGCCCAGGCCCCGUUCCCGUUAGUUGUCGUCUCCUUCUUCAUGAUCGGCUUUGGCAUGUCGCUCAAUAUCGCAAUCAACAACGUCUUCUGCGGCUCCCUUCGCGAGGCCACCGCUGCUCUCGGGUACCUACACGGCGCGUACGGCUUGGGCGGCACAAUCGGCCCACUGAUGGCCACGGCACUGGUGACGCAAGCCCAUGCGCGCUGGAGCACGUACUACUUCAUCACGUUGGGCCUCGCCGCUUUCAACGCCGUCUUCUCGACUUGGUCCUUCUGGAAGUACGAGCGCGAGCUUCCUCUAUCCGCUCAACAGCAGCAGCAGACUGCGGACGCAGACACCUCCGCCCAGCUGCUUUCCAUGUUCUCCGCCCUCAAGACGCGCAUCGUUCUCCUCGGCGCGCUGUUCAUCUUCGCUUACCAGGGAGCGGAGGUGUCCAUCUCUGGCUGGGUCAUCUCCUUCCUCAUCACCGAGCGCGAGGGCAACCCCGAAGCCGUCGGCUACGUCACGGCAGGUUUCUGGGGCGGCAUCACGCUUGGUCGGUUCCUGCUGUCUCACCCGGCGGCCCUCAUCGGCGAGAAGCGAUCCGUCUUCUUCGCCACGGCCGGCGCGGCCGUAUUCCAGAUACUGGUGUGGUGGGUCCCGAAUGUCGUCGGCCCCGCGGUGUCGGUCGCCCUCGUCGGUUUGCUGCUCGGGCCGAUUUAUGCAUGCGCCGCGGCCGUGUUCAUGAGGGGCAUGACGAGGCAAGAGAGGGUGAGCGGAAUGGGAGUCAUCAGUGCCUUUGGUAGUUCGGGAGGUGCGGUUGCGCCGUUCACAACGGGUAUCCUUGCCCAGGCGGUGGGUGCGUGGGUGUUGCACCCGAUUGCUCUGGGUUUGUUUGUCGUGAUGAUGGCGAGCUGGUUCGCUGUUCCGCACUCGAGAAAGCGGAAUGAGUAA